GUUCGCUCAGGCGCAGACAGGCAAACAGAGCCAGCAUGCCGGUCGCCCGGAGCUGGGUUUGUCGCAAAACGUAUGUGACCCCGCGGAGACCCUUCGAGAAGUCCCGCCUCGACCAAGAGCUGAAGCUGAUCAGCGAGGACGGGCUCCGGAACAAACGUGAGGUCUGGAGGGUCAAAUUCACCCUCGCCAAGAUCCGAAAGGCUGCCCGGGAGCUGCUGACGCUGGAUGAGAAAGACCCGCGGCGUCUGUUCGAAGGUAAUGCCCUGUUGCGGCGGCUUGUCCGUAUCGGGGUGCUGGACAAGGGCAAGAUGAAGCUGGAUUAUAUCCUGGGCCUGAAGAUUGAGGAUUUCUUGGAGAGACGUCUGCAGACCCAGGUCUUCAAGCUGGGCCUGGCCAAGUCCAUCCACCAUGCCCGCGUGCUCAUCCGCCAGCGUCACUUCAGGGUCUGCAAGCAGGUGGUGACCAUCCCGUCCUUCAUCGUGCACCUGGACUCCCAGAAGCACAUCGACUUCUCCUUGCGCUCCCUGUACUGUGGGGGCCGCCCGGGCCGCGUGAAGAGGAAGAACGCCAAGAAGGGUCAGGGCGGGGCCGGAGCCGGCGACGAUGAGGAGGAGGACUGA